GUUGGUUUGAACUUUUGAAGGAUAAAAUAUUGAUCUCCAAGAGUGAGAGUGACUGCGGGAACUGAAGAUGUCUUUAUCCAGGAUUCAGAGUCUGAGGCUGGCAGCUGUAGUGGAGGACUGUGCAGACCAGCUGGAGAUCCUGGGACACACCCUGACGGUGCAGAUCAGGAAAGAGAGAGGAGAUUCAGCGGAUCAGGAGAAAGCCAGGCUGACCAAGCUUAGGAGAGAUUGUCAGUCCAUCACGCAGCAGGUUUCUUUGCUGCACGUGGACCUGGAGGAGAAGCAGUGCAUUACUUCUCUCCUGCAGCUGGGGGAGGAAGAGGAGCAGAAGAAGAGGGAUGAUGAAAUGAGAAGAGAGGCAAAGAAAGAGCUGGAGCAAAGAAAUCAAGCUCUGCAAAUACAACAUGAGGAGACGCAAGAGAAAAAGGAGAAACUGAAGGACUUGUCCCAGCAGGCCAGAGAUCUGCAGCACAAAAUGGAGGAUCUGUCAGCAAAGAUGGCCCACAGGAAGAAGCUUGAGGAGAAAAACCUCGAGCUGCAGCUCCAGCAGAGACAGAGGGAGGGCAGCCAGGCCGAGAAGCUGCUGGAGCACGAGCAGGAGCUGCUGCAGAGACAGAUAAAGGAGGAGACGAGAGUUCACGAGGAGUCGGAGACAUUCCUGCAACGUCGAAAUGAGGAGGUGCAGCAGCAGCAGGAGCAGUGGCAGCAGUGUACGAAGCAGAGGCUCCAGGAGAAGGAGCAGCGGCUCAACACUGAGAGCUGCAAAAGAACUGUGAACUUGGACAGAUUGAUGGAGAUGAAGAGGAUGUACAGGGAGAUGGAGCAGGUGGUGAUGGAGGACAGGGAGGAGCAGGAGAAGCUGCGUCAAGAGCAGGCUAAGGCCAGAGCUGUUACCAAGGUGCAGGCAUGGUGGAGAGGCUGCAUGGUCCGCCGGUGCCUCGGUAGCUUCAAAAAGGAGGAAGACAAGAAAGGCAAGAAGAAAAAGAAAGAAGGGAAGAAGAAGAAGAAGAACUGAGUGUUCUCCGACCCCAGUUUGAGACAUUGGAAUAUCAUUUAUUGAAUUCCAAAACAAUAAAAAAAAUCAUCUCUG